GGCCCAAAGGACAGCGUCACCUGAAUUCACAAAUCACGAAGGGGUGAUGCUCGGUAUUAUUUGCAUGUCUAUGACAGCGCACUGCGUAUUUAGAGCAAAAAGAAAUCUGAAUAUCAAACCGCUAACUAUCUUUACUGCGGUCUGAAACCCACGGAUUCCGGGUCACCUGGAGCGCGGCAUUACACCCCAAACCCGCUUCUCCAUCAACAUGAUUUAUUCGGUUCUCCUCGGGUUGGCCGUUUCUUGCUUACUUGUUCUGUACGUUCGUUUCCCGUACUUUACUCAGGAUUUAAUGUUCGCACUCAGAACGGUUAAGGUCGGGUGGCUGGUGAAUCGGUUCGGCCGCAGAUCGCCGUGCUACACGAUUCUGGACCGGUUCACGGACAUCGCGCGGAGUCACCCGCAGAAGCCCUUCCUCGUGUUCGAGGGCCAGGUUUUCUCUUACCGGGACGUGGACCGGAUCAGUAACAGAGUCGCGAACGCUCUGCGGGAACGCGCGCUCGUGCACCCGGGUCAGACCGUGUCGCUUUUUCACGGGAACGCGCCUCAGUACGUGUGCACGUGGCUCGCGCUCGCCAAACUGGGCUGCACUGUCGCGCUGCUGAACACGAACCUCAGGAGUCGAUCUCUGCUGCACUGCUGCGACUGCUGCUGCGCCACGGCCCUCAUCACUGAUGCAGAUCUGGCUCCGGCGGUGGCUGAGGUUCUGCCGUCUCUGCACAUGCGUGGCAUAUCUGUGCUCCUGCUGUUCGGCAGCUGCGAGACGGAUGGCAUCAUCAAUCUGUCAGCUGCGGUACGGUGCACGUCAGAAGAGGCUCCGCCCCUCAGCCUGAGGCGUGACAUCAGCAUCCGGAGCCCCGCCCUCUACAUCUACACCUCCGGCACCACAGGUCUUCCUAAAGCAGCAGUGAUCAGCCACCACAGACUCUGGCUGAUGUCGUCCCUGCAGCGCAUGACAGGUGUGAGCUCCGCAGACAUCCUCUACAUCUAUCUGCCCCUGUACCACAGCGCAGGCUUCCUCGCCGGCCUCACCGGAGCCAUAGAGCGGGGGAUCACAGUGGUGCUGAGGAGGAAGUUUUCUGCGUCUCAGUUUUGGGCCGACUGUCGAGAGCAUAAUGUGACGGUCAUCCAGUACAUCGGAGAGGUCAUGCGUUACCUGUGCAACACACCCAAGAGCGAGCGUGAUCGUGAUCACCGUGUGCGUCUGGCUCUGGGGAACGGCAUCCGAGCGGAGACAUGGGAGGAAUUCCUUCAGCGCUUCGGGAACGUUCACAUCUGCGAGUGCUACGGAGCCACCGAGGGGAACAUCGGAUUCAUCAACUACAGCGGGAAAAUCGGAUCCAUCGGGAGAGUGACUGCCAUCCACAAGAUGCUCGUUCCUUUCGCCUUCAUUAAGUUUGAUCCGGAGACGGAGGAGCCGGUGCGAGACUCCGCAGGACUGUGUGUGGAGGUCGCUCCAGGUGAAACCGGGCUGCUGGUGGCAAAGAUCAGUGAAAUCGCUCCGUUCAGCGGCUAUGUUAAAAACCCUGCGCAAACAGAGAAGAAGAAGCUGAAGAACGUCUUUAAGAAAGGAGAUCUGUUCUUCAACACUGGAGAUCUUAUAUCAGCUGACCGCCACGGCUUCCUUUACUUUCAGGACCGCAUCGGAGACACGUUCCGGUGGAAAGGAGAAAAUGUGGCCACGACUGAAGUGUCUGAGAUUUUGCUCAUGCUGGAUUCUAUUGAAGCUGCAAACGUCUACGGAGUGAGAGUAUCAGGUCACGAGGGACGGAUUGGGAUGGCGGCUCUCAAGCUCACAGACGGGACAGAGUUUGACAGAUCUGCCACAUACAAACAUGUGAAGAACCUCCUGCCAGCGUACGCCAGACCACACUUCAUCAGGAUACAGGACGAGCUGGACAUGACGGGGACCUUCAAACAGGUCAAAGGUCAGCUGGUGCAGGAGGGAUUCGACCCAAACAUCAUCCAGAGUAAACUCUUCUUCCUGGACGAGUCGAAGCAGACGUUUGUGCCGAUGACGCAGGAGCUUUACAGUUCCAUCCUGAACGGACACACCAGACUCUGACCAACACACAAACACAUUUUACUAAUACAGAAUAUAUCAGAUAUAUACAUCUGCUCAUUCUUCUUAUUAUAAUCAUACACACGUUAGAAUAACAACACUAGAUGUCUGGAAAAGAUGCAACGCAAAUGAAAUCCAAUAUUAAUGAAACUUGGAACUUAUUUCUAAUAUUCAGUCAAAAAAGAUUUUAAAUAAACAAAUGGUACACUAA